ACAUGGGACCAUGGGCCAUACCAAGAUGGAUGUUGUGUGCUGGGAUGGAGGCAGGAAAAGAAGAUAAGAACACCAUAAACAAGAAGGAGUUGAAAGAAGUGAUCCAGAAAGAGUUGACCAUUGGGCCACAACUGAAUGAUAAGGAGAUUCAAGGACUAGAUCUCAAUAGAGACAAAGAGGUGAGCUUCCCGAAAUAUGUGACCUUUCUCGGUGCCAUGACAAUCAUUUACAUUGAGGGACUGAAGGGACAAUCAUGGGUGAGCCAGAUGGAUCAAGGCAGCAUGGCCUUGAACGGGAAGUGCUCUGUAAGCAGUUUUGUGCCAAAUAAAAAUGGAUUUUUGUAACAUUGAA